GUUGUUCACAUUUAUAUGUUAAUUUUUAAGUGGACUUCGUCUUUACAUAACUAGCCAAGUCUUCCUUCUUCACAGCCACUUAAUCUUCCUCCUCUCAUAUCUCAAACUACUCUCUAUCAGCUAAGCUUGCUACGUUUUCUUUCAUCCAACAAGAACAAAUGGCCGAUGCAAUCCUCUAUGGCGUUGUACAGAAGAUCAUUGAAAGCUUGGGCUCCUCCACUCUCAAACAGAUUGGAUCGAUCUGGGGUGUCAAAGAUGAUCUCGAAAAAAUGAACAACACUGUUCUCACCAUUCAAGCUGUACUUCAGGAUGCAGAGGAGCAGCAGGUCCAGAACCACCAAGUCGAGCGCUGGCUCAAGAGGCUCGGAGAUGUAGUUUUUGAUGCGGAUGACUUGCUGAGCGAGUUCUCCACUCAUGUGCUUCGGCGCAAGGUGAUGGGUGCUGAUAAAAUGGCAAAGAAGCGUUUUCUUUCAUCCAACAAGAACAAAUGGCCGAUGCAAUCCUCUAUGGCGUUGUCCAGAAGAUCAUUGAAAGCUUGGGCUCCUCCACUCUCAAAAAGAUUCGAUCGAUCUGGGGUGUCCAAGAUGAGCUCGAAAAAAUGAACGACACUGUUCUCACAAUUCAAGCUGUACUUGAAGAUGCAGAGGAGCAGCAGGUCCAGAACCACCAAGUCGAGCACUGGCUCACGAAGCUCAGAGAAGUAGUUUUUGAUGCUGAUGACUUGCUGAGCGAGUUCUCCACUCAUGUGUUUCGGCGUAAGGUGAUGGGUGGUGAUAAAAUGGCAAAGAAGGUACGCAUUUUCUUUUCAAGUUCAAACCAACUGCUUUUUAGUCAUAAGAUGGCUUGCAAAAUAAAAGCCAUGAGGGAGAGGCUUAAUGAUAUAGCAGAUAAUAGGAACAAAUUCAAAUUGAUAGAGCGUCCUUUAGAGAAACGGACUGUGAGUAGGGAGAGGGAAACUCACUCGUUUGUACGUGACAAAGAAGUUAUUGGGAGAGAGGAGGAUAAGAAGGCCAUCAUAGAUCUAUUGCAAGACUUUGACGUGAAAGAGGAUGUUUCGUUCAUAUCAAUAGUUGGAAUUGGUGGGCUAGGGAAGACCACACUUGCUCAAUAUGUAUACAAUGAUGAGAUUGUCAAGGCUCAUUUUGAAUUGAAAAUCUGGGUGUGUGUUUCUGAUGUCUUUGACGUGAAAACCAUUGUUGAAAAUAUAAUUAUAUCCGCAACUAAUAAAAAACCUGAAAGCCUUGUAAUGCAACAAUUGCAAAAUGAACUUCGCAAAAUUCUCAAUCAAAAGAUGUAUUUACUUGUGUUGGAUGAUGUGUGGAAUGAGAAUGAAGAAACAUGGGGUAAAUUGAGAACUCUUUUGUUGGAUGGUAAAAGGGGAAGUAAGGUGGUGAUAACUACACGGAUCAAAUUGGUUGCAGAUAUUACCAGCCCAAUCUCACAAUAUUCUUUAAAGGGCCUGUCAGAGGAUCAGUCUUGGGCAUUAUUGAAGCAGAUGGCAUUUGAAGAAGAGCAAGAGACCAUUAAUACUAACUUUAAAGCAAUUGGUAUGGAUAUACUAAAAAAAUGUAAGGGAGUGCCUCUUGCUAUAAAGAUAAUAGGACGAGUCUUAAACUACAAAAAAACAGAAUUUGAAUGGUCAUACAUCAAGAAUAUUGAGCUCACAAAUGUAACUCAGCUGAAAGAUGAUAUUAUGCCGGUUUUAAAAUUGAGUUACGAUCAUCUCCCAUCACAUUUGAAAUGUUGUUUCGCAUAUUGUUCAUUGUUUCCCAAAGAUUAUUUGAUUGAUAAGUUGACAUUGAUACAAUUAUGGAUAGCACAAGGGUUUAUCCAAUCACUAGAUGAGAACUUACUAUUAGUGGAUGUUGCCAACGAUUACUUCAAGGAGCUACUUUGGAGAUCGUUCUUCCAAGAAGUAGAAGAAGAUGAAGGCAUGACUAGGGGGUUUAAAAUGCAUGAUUUAAUCCAUGAUCUUGCACAAUAUGUAUCAAGGAUUGAUUGUACAUUGGUUGAUUCCAAUGCAAAAAAUGUGAAUGAAAAAGGACGCCAUCUAUCGUUUCCAUUUUACAAUGUUUCAUUCUUUGAGGAGAAUUUAAGCACAUUGGUUAGAGCAAACAAGAUAAGAACAUUUAUAUUGGCAUACAAUAAAUGGAGCUAUGAUGAGGGAACAAUUGAAGAAUCAACUCUCAAAAAACUUAUUUCUACUUCUAGAUACGUGCGUGUGUUAGACCUACAUGGUUUAAAUAUGAAGAUGUUGCCAAAUACUCUAGGUACUUUGAUACAUCUAAAGUACCUUGAUCUUUCCUCUAAUGAUAUUGAGGUUCUCCCUAGUUGUAUUAUUAAAUUGGUGAAUUUGCAAACAUUAAAGCUCUCUUGGUGUGAAAAGCUUAGAGAGUUACCCGUAGAUAUUCAAAAAUUGGUCAGCCUCAACCACCUUCACAUAGAUGAUUGUGAGAAUUUGACUCAUAUGCCAUGUGGAUUAGGGCAAAUGACUUCUCUUCAGACAUUAACCUUAUUUGUUGUGAGUAAGGGUUCUGUAGGUUCUUUCAAGCAUUGCGGUGGGCUAGCGGGAUUAAAGAAGCUAAAUGACUUGAGAGGAAAAUUAGAGAUUAAAAAUUUGGCAUGGGUGAAAGAUGCUUCCUCAGAAUUCAAAGCAGCAAAUUUGAAGGAGAAGCAGCAUCUCAGUGAGUUGGGAUUAUGCUGGAAUUUGGAGGGUGAUGAUGCCGUAGAUACCUGUGAUGAUGAAAAUUCCAUGGAUGGCCUCCAACCACAUCAAAGUUUAAAAUCUUUGAACGUGAACGGGUACAUGGGUGUGAGAGUUUCUAGUUGGCUUUCAAUCUUAACAAAUCUCGUUGAAUUAAGAAUAUGGAAUUGUAACAAGUGCCAAUAUUUGCCACCGUUGUAUCAACUCCCAACUCUCCGAGUAUUAGAAAUUCUGGAUAUGAAUGGUCUGGAGUACAUGACAGACGGGGAUAUGAAUGAUGAGAUAUCUGCUUCAACAUUUUUCCCAUCCCUUGAGACACUCGAUCUCGGUAGUUGCCCAAAUCUAAAGGGAUGGUGGAGGAGUGUGGAUAAGGGGAAUGAGGCAACAACGACAUCAACAAUAUCAUCAUCAUCAUCAUCAUCAACUAAUCACUAUCACCAACACAUGCCGUACUUUCCGCGUCUUUCUUUCUUUUAUUUCCAGGAUUGCCCUAUGAUGACUUGCAUGCCGCUAUUUCCAAAUCUUGAAAAAAUGCUUCAAUUGAGGAAUAGCAGUUUGAAGCCGUUGGAAGAGACAAUAGAGAUGAAUAAUACGGGAGGAAGGGCUUCUUCAUUUCCGUCCUCUUCCUCUUCCUCUUCCUCCUCCUUCUCCCCUCCUCUCUCCAAAUUAAAGCAAUUGUUUUUAUACAAGAUUGAGGAGUUGAAGUCUCUGCCAGAGUGGUUUAAAAACCUAACUUCUCUUGAGACAUUAAAGAUUUGGGACUGUCCCAAUCUGACGUCACUUCCCGAAAGGAUGAGUCACCUCACCUCUUUACAUACCCUGGAAAUUGCCAGAUGUCCCCAAUUAAAGAAAAGAUGUGAGAAGGAAAAUGGAGAGGAUUGGGAUAAGAUUUCUCACAUCCCAAAUCUUAGAAUCGAAAAUAGUAGAUUCUUAGAAUAUAUUGAACUACUGCAUACGCUUCCUGUAAGAACAAGAGGAUUUUAUAUGGGAAGAGGAAAGCAGAUUUUUUGAAGAGCAAAGCAAACUUUUGAAAGGGUGUUGGCAAGAACAGGGGACGUUUGGUAAAAACUUCUCACAUCCUAGGGGCAGCAUUUGUGAAUCUUAUAUUUGUUACAAAUUUUGUAGAGAGAGACUGUGUGAAGGUCUAAGAAGUGUGUGAUUUCCAUGUGCAGUGGUUCCAAGUGGAAACCUUCUAAAGCAGGUUUCAUUGUGGGCAAUGAAUUUGAGAAACAAGACAGCAACAUCAUUUCAAAUUUUCUUGAAUUAUCGGGCCUUGAUGAUUUAAUUGGUUUCAAAAGUCCUAUGGAAGAGGAAUGUCAUGAUAUUGAUGAAGCAAGUUUUUGGUAUAGGAGGAGAAUUGGGUCAAAGAUGAUUGGAUUUAAAGAGAAGACAGCCCUCAUGAUUGCUACCAUGUUUGAAAGCAAGGGAGCAGCAUAUGUGAAUCUUAUAUUUGUUACAAAUGUUGUAGAGAGAGACUGUGAAGAUCUGAGAAUAGUGUGAUUUCCAUGAGCAGUGGUUCCAAGGGGAAACCUUCUGAAACAGGUUUCAUCAUGGGCAGUGAAUUUGAGAAACAAGACAGCAACAUCAUUUCAAUAUUUCUUGAAUUCUUGGGCUUUGAUGAUUUAAUUGGUUUUAAAAGUUCUAUGGAAGAAGAAUGUCAUUAUAUCAAUGAGGGAAGCUUGUGGUAUGGGAGGAGAAUUGGGUCAAAGAUGAUGGGAUUUAAAGGGAAGACAGCCCUCGUGACUGCUACCAUGUUUGGAAGCAAGGGUGUGUUGAAUUAUGUACUGGAAACCAGUUGUGUUGAUGUUAACCUGGCUUGUGGUUUAAAUGGGCUUCUGCACUGCCUUUUUGUUGCUGCUGUGGACUUUGCUAUUUCAACCACCAUUGGCAAGGACAUGGUCCAAUGUGUACCAAAGUGGUAUCAGAGCAUGACGAUGGACAAGAGUGUAGUUUAACAAAAUGUUAGUUCUCUCAUGACUAAGUUGGCAACAAAUGCUUGAGAGAAUCACAGGGAUUUAAGCCAUGCUCGAGCACGCUCUUCCACACGGAAGGACAGAGAAGCACACCUUGCUGCUUCAAGGAAUCGCUCAGAGGGAAGAGGACAGCAAGUGGGAAAUCACUGUGAUCGUGGCUGUACUGUAGAAGAAGAUGGAGACGUCAUUAUGGAUUUAGAGCAAAUGGAUAAGCAAGAAACACCAGGUUUCUCACUGCAUGCCAUUAGUGGUGACCAAUGCACCCAAGACGAAGAAGUGUAAGGAAAUCAGGAGUGCCCCCUGCAGAAAAGUAUUGUUGCCCUUCGAAAAUAAUUUCGCAAG